CCCGCUCCCCGCCGCGCGGGGCGGAGGGCGCAGCGCGGGGCGGCCGUCGGGGCGCAUGGACGGGCCCGGGGCGCGGGGCCCGCGGCGCCGCCAUGAGGAAGCAGAGCGUGCGCACGGCCGCGCUCAUCCUGUGCAUCCUGUCCUACCUGCUGGUGGGCGCCGCGGUCUUCGACGCGCUCGAGUCCGAGGCGGAGCGCGGCCGCCAGCGGCUGCUGGCCCAGAAGCGCGGCGAGUUCCGGAGGAAGUACCGCUUCUCGGCCGAGGACUACCGCGAGCUGGAGCGCCUGGCGCUGCAGGCCGAGCCGCACCGCGCCGGCCGCCAGUGGAAGUUCGCCGGCUCCUUCUACUUCGCCAUCACCGUCAUCACCACCAUCGGGUACGGCCACGCCGCGCCGGGCACGGACUCGGGCAAGGUCUUCUGCAUGUUCUAUGCGCUCCUGGGCAUCCCCCUGACGCUGGUCACCUUCCAGAGCCUGGGCGAGCGCCUGAACGCGCUAGUGCGGCGCCUCCUGCUGGCGGCCAAGCGCUGCCUGGGCCUGCGGCGGCCGCGCGUGUCCACCGAGAACAUGGUGGUGGCCGGGCUGCUGGUGUGCGCCGCCACCCUGGCCCUCGGGGCCGCCGCCUUCGCGCACUUCGAGGGCUGGACCUUCUUCCACGCCUACUACUACUGCUUCAUCACCCUCACCACCAUCGGCUUCGGUGACUUCGUGGCACUGCAGAGCGACGAGGCGCUUCAGAGGAAGCCGCCCUACGUGGCCUUCAGCUUCCUCUACAUCCUCCUGGGGCUCACGGUCAUCGGCGCCUUCCUCAACCUCGUGGUCCUGCGCUUUCUGGCGGCCAGCACCGACGCGCCCGAGCGCGCCACCCGCCGCGCCAGCCCGUUCCGCCUGGGGGCGCCCGAGAGCCGCGGCCGCCCUCCGCCCCGCUGCCCUGCCCGCGCCGGGGGCUCCGCCUCCAUCUCGUCCCGCGUGCACCGGCUGCAGCUGGGGGCCCGCGACAACCUGGCCUUCUCACCCCCCUCGAGCCCUGGGGCUGUGGGCGGCGGCACGGUGGGCAGGCCCCCGGCCCGGCGGAAGUCCAUCUGACAGCCCUGUCCCGGGCCCCGGAGGGUGGGGGUUGGGGGAGGUCGAGGGAACAGGAGGGGCUAGGGUCACCUGUCAGGGCAUGCUCCCCAGAGCUUGGAGAGGGUAGAGGGGCUGUGGCCUCAGGGCCGUCUUCUGCCACGAGCAGUGUGUCUUUCCCUUCUGUGGCCGGCCCCUCCCUCCUCUCCAAAAAUCCAUUAAAGCCGCACCUUAAGCACAAGCACGUCCUGUAGGUGCAAAUCCCCGUG